GGGAAACUCAGAUCAGCUUCCCACCAAAAAGGUGUGAGAGAGAGAGAGACCACCUACGCGGGCGGGCCCACGCAGUCAGGCGUCGCGGUUUUACCCGGAUCCGGGAAAACUUUCAGGAGUCGGGAGAUUUUACUCUCAGUUCUUCCUGCACUCAGUUGCAGCCCCGGUGGUUAAUUUCCUACAUUCUGUUUCGCUCCUUGCCCGUCUCUCUCACCGUCGCUGAUCUAAGCAUCACGCAGUCACUUACUUUCGGAAUCGAGGGAAGGUGACUCUCCACCGAGAACGAUUUUCGCCGCCUUCUCUUUCCCGCCCUUCCUUCCACUGUCGCCGUUCGUUUAUUCGUUUCUCUCCUAUUUUCGUCUUCGUUUUGGAGUUCCGACUGAUGUUGGGUAUGUUAUUCGUAAGCUGUUGAAGUUUGUAUAGUGCAAUCCUCUGCAGGUGAAGGCAAGAUUCGAAGAUGUUGUGGGUGGACAAGUACAGACCCAAAACCCUAGACAAAGUGAUCGUUCAUGAAGACAUAGCCCAAAACCUCAAGAAACUAGUAGCCGAGCAGGAUUGCCCCCAUUUGCUCUUCUAUGGCCCUUCUGGGUCUGGGAAGAAAACUCUAAUCAUGGGUUUGCUCCGUCAAAUAUAUGGCCCUGGUGUUGAAAAGGUGAAGGUGGAGAAUAGGACAUGGAAAGUCGAUGCUGGUAAUAGAACAAUUGAUCUCGAGUUGACUACAUUAUCAACUGCAAACCACGUGGAAUUAAGUCCUAGUGAUGCGGGCUUCCAGGAUAGAUAUGUUGUGCAGGAUGUUAUCAAAGAGAUGGCUCGGAAUAGGCCAAUUGACUCGAAAGGAAAGAAAACAUUCAAAGUGGUAGUGCUUAAUGAGGUUGACAAGCUUUCAAGAGAGGCCCAACAUUCUCUACGAAGAACUAUGGAGAAAUAUAGCACUUCCUGCCGGCUAAUUCUCUGCUGUAACAGUUCUUCAAAGGUUACUGAAGCUAUUCGUUCCCGUUGUCUGAAUGUUCGUAUAAAUGCUCCUGCACAGGAACAGAUUGUUAGGGUCUUGGACUUUAUCGGGAAGAAAGAAGGGCUGGAAAUUCCACCCGGAUUUACUGCUCGUAUAGCUGAAAAAUCAAAUCGAAGUUUAAGGAGAGCCAUACUCUCAUUCGAGACUUGUCGGGUUCAACAGUACCCUUUCAAAAAUAAUCAAGAAAUCUCUCCAUUGGAGUGGGAAGAGUAUGUUUCCACCAUAUCCUCCGACAUAAUGAAGGAGCAGAGUCCUAAAAGAUUGUUUGAGGUUCGAGGAAAGUUGUAUGAACUACUUGUCAACUGUAUUCCUCCUGAGAUUUUGUUGAAGAGGCUUCUAUAUGAGUUACUGAAGAAACUGGAUGAUGAUUUGAAGCAUGAGGUCUGUCAUUGGGCUGCAUAUUAUGAACAUAGAAUGCGAUUGGGUCAGAAAGCCAUAUUUCAUCUCGAAGCAUUUGUGGCGAAGUUUAUGAGCAUAUACAAGUCUUUCCUGGUGUCGACAUUGAUGAUGUGAAGUUUGCGUAUGUUGUAAUUGUCACAUUCUCUCCUCACCCUUAGUGCUUUCUAUCGCCAAACAUAAGGAGAUUAUCUAUGUCCUUCCUUCCUUCCAUGUGAGCUUUGUGUUUGCGUGGUCAUUUCGUUCUUUAAAUUUUAUUGCUACUCUGUAGUUUUGGUUAAAUCGAAAGCGUAUGUGCUUAGUCCACCAUUCUCAUGCACAGUUAUAGAGAGUGGUGAAGCAAUAUGGACUGAUA